GUCCCCUCCCUCCGAGGCAGUCAGUCUCCUCCACGGCACUAUUCCCCAACCCACACCCACACCCACACCCAGUGGUGAGCGGCACGCUUCCCCUCGCCCGCGCCUCCCUCCUCCUAUAGAAAACGUCCCCGGGACCAGAAAUUCCCCAAAGCAAAGCACAUCCAUCCCCUUCCCGAAUCCACCCGCGCGACCUCGCUGCCCGAAUCCAAGCUCCCGUCUUCUUGCCUGGGGGGUUGCUGUCUGGAGUAGCUGUUAGCUCGCGCUCGGUGUUCCUGAGGAGCCUGAGUCGCCGGAGCUGGGAUCCGGCGGAAGGCCGGAUUUGUGGCCGGCCGGUUUCAUCUCUGACCAUUUUUUUCGCCGCCGCCAAGCUGCCCGUAGCCAUCCUCGUGUUUAAGGGGUUCUCCUGUCAACGGAUUGCUGGUUGGUUUAUAGCAGUCCAGAGUCUGAGUAUGCAUCCCAAGGCUCGCAUCCACGCAGACCCAGCAGCUCCGGAGCCGGACCGGAUGGACUGCCUGCCGGACUCGCUCGUCCUGCUCAUCCUCAACAAGCUGGAGGACGUGCACUCGCUGGGCCGCUGCUCCGCCGUGUCGAGGCGGUUCAACGAGCUGGUCCCGCUCGUCCACGACGUCUACGUCAAGAUCGACCGCGUCGUCGCCGUUGACGGCGACCCAGACGACGCCCUCAACCUGUCGUCCCCGAAGCCCCGGCACAUCUUCUCCCACCUCUUCAAGCUCAUGCUCUUCACCAUCGCCAAGCCGUUCCACGGCAUGCGCGGCCCGGGCGGCGCGGGCGGCAGGCCGCUGUUCCCGCGGCUCGCCCAGCACUCGCCCGUGCAGGUGCUGAGGAGCUUCUCCCAUGUCCGGAACCUCCGGGUUGAGCUCCCCUCGGGCGACGUCGGGACCGAGGAGGGGGUGCUGCUCAAGUGGCGGGCCAGGUACGGCAGCACGCUCCAGAGCUGCGUCAUCCUCGGCGGCACCCUGGUCGACCGCAACGGCGGGCACGAGCUGCCGGCGACGGAGGACGGCGGGAGCAUGCCGGAGUCCUUCUACACCAACGGCGGGCUGAAGCUCCGCGUGGUGUGGACCAUCAGCUCCCUCAUCGCCGCGUCCACGCGGCAUUACCUUCUCCGGUCGAUCAUCAAGGAGCAUCCGACGCUGCGAAGCCUGGUGUUGGCGGACGCCGACGGGCAGGGGACGCUGUGCAUGGGGACGGAGCAGCUCGCGGAGUUCAGGGAGAACCGGCUGUCGGCCUCGGCGUGCUCCAACAGGACGCAGGUCCCGGCGUGCAGCAUGAAGCUCAAGUACGCGCCGUACCUCGAGCUGCCCGGCGGCCUGGGGCUGCAGGGCGCGACCCUGGUCGUCAUCAAGCCGUCCGGCGAUGGGGCUGGUGGAUGCCACGCUGGCCGGAAGGAGGCUGAAGCUUUUGUCUCCGGCGCGUUCGACGGGCCGUUCAGGUUCGCGGCCAAGGCGCUGAUGAAGAGGCGCACAUAUCUGCUGGAGAUGAACGGGUUCUAGAAUCUAGAUGCAGUGCCUUGAGGUGUUCGUGGAUGUAUAUCUUGCAUUUGCAAUGCUUCUCAUGGGUAACUGUUUUCUGCUCGGGCAAAUGCAGCUUUGCAAUUCUA